UACAAGGUAAAGCCAGCAAAGUCCGGUCAAGGAUAGUCCAAGCGACAUCAGAAGUAGAUAGUAGUUCAGCACUGCUGUCUGGUUGUGGUAGUGAUGGAGGCAGAAACCUUAGUGACUUUUAAGAGGCUUUUAGAUAAGCACAUGGAUAUGGAGGGAUAUGGAUCACAAGCAGGCACAGAAGAUUAGUAUAACUUGGCAUCAUGCUCAGCACAGACAUUAUGUUCCUGUGUUAUACUGCUUUCUGUUCAAUGUUCUAAGGGCAUUUAGAGAUGGGCAAUAAAUACUGGCCUUGCUGAGAAAUGAAAAGGACCCUCGUAACAUUAUGGCCCUCAGAACGUUACAUGAUGAACUGAUGAUGAAAUUAUUCAGAGAAAGAACACAUUAACCAACAAAUAUUCUCUAUUAUUUAGAGCUCCGAUUAAACAGAAAUUACCCAGAAGUUCCAAACUGGCAACAACUUAAAGCAGGUACAUUGAUAGUCAGUGCAAUUAUUUAGCCAUUUUUGUAAAAGUUAAACCAUCAUAGUAAUCCAUGAUACUGGGCACUCUUUUGAUGCAGGUGGAAAAUGGAAAAUCUAUCUAGCAAAACUCAAUAGUGAUGAAACAGCUAUGAAAAUGUUUUCCUUGGAAAUGGUAAUGUAUGGAGUAAUAAAAAAAUCCACUCCCAUUCCAUUGGUGUCGGAACGUAGUCUUGAUAUGGACUUAUUGACAUAUGAGAUUAAUAUCCCAGAAGACAUAGGCCUCCCCUGGAAAAUCCGUCUAGGAAUCGGGAAACGGGGAAAGAAAACAAAUCCUACAUCUCCACUACCACUUUCCUAUUUUAAAAUGCAAAAUACAACUACUCUGGCUGCAUUUAUCUACUCAAUUCAAGAGAGCCUUCCUGUAUCUUCUAAUGGUGACAAUUGGAUUGAAUUCCCUGUCGAAUGGCCACAGAGAUCUGCCUUAAGUGUUAUGAGCUACCAAAUAAAAAUAUACUGCAGUGAUUUUCUGGCCUUAGAAAACCCUGCGUCUGUGACACUGUGCGUGUAUGGGGCCAAUGGAGAUACAGGAAACAGAAGCCUUAUAAGACCUUUUCACAAAGAAACAGGAGAUAGACAGUCCUAUUUAUUUGAAAUUAAUGCAGUGCAGCUGGGGAAUCUACAUACCCUGGAGUUGUCUAUCAGCAGUGCAAAGAGUAAGUUACAUUUUGUCAACAUCGAAGAAUAAUAUCUGUCUUAGUUAUUUUGUUGCCGCCCCAAUUCCUUUCACUCACAUUGGAGCUAACAUACUCUAGAUAGAACAUGACUGAUUUUCACAUUUCCCUUCAAAUUGGCAAACACAAUUGUACCGUUGUGUCUUGACGUACAUAUAAGCAGUGUACUAGGUGUUUGACCUCUGCCUUUUACUGUCCAAUUCCUUUUGAUAGUCUUGUCAAGCUGAUGAACUUAACACAAAUAGAUAUCUUGUGAAAGUCAACCAAAGUUCAGUUGUGUUUUGGCUCCUGUACUUUCUUUGCAAUCAAUGCAACUGCAGUUCAGGAGCAGAGUAUAACAACCAGAGGAUAUUUUAUAUAGUGCAAGUAACGAGGCAUGGCUUUCCAGUCCUUGAUCUCAGUUUUUAUUUUCUGUACCAGACUCGCUGCAGUUUUCACUUAUUACAAUAGUGACUACAUUUCAAGAGUAAUUCAUUUCCUCGCAAUGCGUUGUGGUGUCUUAAAUUUGUCAAAGAUUCACAGAAAAAGCAAGUUCUCGUUAUACUCAGUC